AUGACAACAACAAUUAUAUCAUCUAACUAUCAGAAAUUUACUAUGGCUGUUGAAAUGUUUAAUGAGACUACACUUAAAAUGAAGAAACAAAUAAAACAACAAAAAUAUGGUUUUGAGUAUUAUACACGUUAUUUUGAAAAAACCUAUUUUAUACGUGCUUUAUACCUUCAAGCUACAAUCGGAGAUGCAGAAGAUUCGGGAAAAAAAGAAACACCAUCAAAUACAUUGACAAAUACUAUAGAUAAAGAAUCUCAGUUACCUUCACCAUCAAUAUUAUUACCCGAACAAAGUAUAAAACAACGACGAAGAAGUAGAGUUAUAAGAAAUUUUUCAAAAAUUAAAGAAUUUUGUAGUAUUUCUGAAUUUGAAACAUGGUUAAAUGAACAAAAAAUGUGGUCUGUAGGAACAAAAAAUGAACUUAAAGAUAGGAUAAUUCAAAAUUAUCGAUGUAAAUUUUCAAGAAAAUCUAAAACAGAUUGUAUGAAAUCAAUAAGAUUAAUUAAAUAUCAUAAUGAAAAUAUUUAUAGUUUAGAGGAAUCAGAUAAUGCACAUGAUCAUUCAAUAAUAACUACAACAAAAAAAGAUUUUUCUGAAUCAAUUUAUGAUAAUGAUAAAAAAUUUUCUCCUACUGAGUCAAAUGUUAUCCAAAAUAGUCAGUUAAGUCAAAAUAAUAUUUUGGUUGAAAUAUUAAAUGGAGAAGAUUCCCCACCACCACCACCAUCACCAAAUAAUAUUGAAAAUUCAAUAAAAAAAAAUAAUGAUGAUUCUUUGGGUAGAACAUCAAAUGACAAUACAUUGUCAAAUUUUUCAUUUAAAAAUAAUCAAUCAACUACUACAACAUAUAUUGAAUCUCAACAAAAAAUGUAUAAUCUUAAAGAUUCCUCACCACAAAAUGUUCUCUUUAAAUUAUUAAAAAGUGAUGAUAAUCAAACUUCACCAAAAACAUCAUUAAUUUCUGUAUCACCAUCUCUCUCAAUACGUCCACAAUCUGCUCCAGUUGUUGUUAGUUCCUAUCGUUUUAUGGCAACAUUUCGUGACAAAGCAACAUUCCAAAAAUGGUUUUUUCCAAUUUCUAAUGAAUGGAUAAAGAAAAGUAAAGAUUAUGAAAGUGAUAAAUCAAUAAAAUAUUUUAUUUGUACUUAUAAUGUUAUUAAUAGUACAAUUAAAAAAGAACAUUCAUCUGAUAAUAUAAAUUAUUGUCCAGCAACAUUGCGUGUUACUUCAUAUAAUUUAAAAGAAGAAAUUUUAGUUGAAGAUAGUGUUGAAAGGCAUAAUCAUAUAAAUGAAUCAGAAUAUAAUAAAGCAUUUGACUGUCAGGAAAGUAAUUAUAUGGGUAAUAUAAAAAAAUACAAUAAUAAACAAUUAAUAAUUGAUAAUAGGAGUAGCAGUGAAGAACCAUUAGAUAUAUUAAAAAAUACCAAAAUUAAGAAUGAAGAAUUAUGUUUAUCAAAUCAUCCUCCUAUAAAAACUAUAAAAAGAAAAAGAAUAAAAAGAAAUAAAUUUAAAAAACUUCUUAACCAUUCUUUUACUUCUGUCAAAGAAGCUGAUGAGUGGCUUUCUUUAAAUAAACCUAAUUUUAAAAGCCAUAUUCGCAAAAUAUUUGAUAAUAAUGAACAGAUAUACUACAUUUGUUCUAUGUAUGGUCGUGGGUAUACAAAAUGUAAAAAACAAUAUAGAAUUAUACAUGAAUUUAAUAGAAAUUAUAUAUAUAUUGAGGAGUCAAGAAAAAGUCAUAAUCAUGAAAUAAUUUUAUCAUCAUUAAAAGAUAAAUCUAAAAAAAUUACUAAUGAUUAUUCAUAUGACGGUGAAGAAUCAUUUAUGUGGAAUUGGAUUCAUGGAAAUGAAAUUUCUAAUGCUUGGAAAAAGUUAGAAAAAAUGGAUAAAUUAGAAGCUGAGGAAUUAUUUAUUAAAGAAUGGUAUAAAUUAAAGGAUAUGUUACCAAAUUAUAUGGAAUAUUGGAAACUUUUAAAUAAUCCUCAAAUAUCUGAAGAAGAAUUAAAAGCUAAAAAAAUUGAAUUAUCCAUUCCUGAAGAUGAUGAUAAAUUACCUUUUGAAGAAGAAAAUAAUUUUCAAGAUAUUGAAUGGAUAAUUGAGGAAUCUGUUGAGUCAUCAGAAGAGGAGGAAAAUAAUAUUUGA